AGGGAGCUGCUCCUCCCCCCAGGCCCACAGUUGGGGGGGGUCUUGGGGGGCCUGUCUAGGGGGCCGUUUCAGGCUGAGUGUGUGUGGUCUCCGAUGCCCCAGAUCCCCCAGGGCCCCCCAGACUUCUGUCUGUGGGAAGGAGUCACAGCCACCUACGCAGACCCAGCAUUGGGGAGACUGUGACCGCGUCUGGCUGUGCUUGACUGUGGCCGACUGUCAUCACAGGACAUGGCCCCCCCAGCCGCCUAGCCGGGGCCCACCUAGGAGAGGCAUCCUUUUCGGCGUCCUGAAGGCCAGCUCUGGACCUUCCCAGGAAAGUGCCAGCUCACAGAACUGCUUGACCAAAGGAUCGGCUCUUGGGACAUCCCCCAACCCACCCGGCCCCCAGCUAGAGUGGGGGCUCCAGAAGGCGGAGAUUAGCCUGCUGGCCUUGGACAGCAGCUCCAGGACAGAAGGGGGGGUGGGCUGACCACCCAAACCCCCUCUGGGCCCAGGCCCCAUGCUCCGAGGAGGGGCGGCCUGAAGCCCGCCAGAGCCCUCUGCCAGACUGUCUGCUUGCCCUUCUGACUGUGGCUGCUUGGCAUGGCCAGCAACAGCAGCUCCUGCCCAACACCUGGGGGAGGGCACCUCAAUGGGUACCCGGUGCCCCCCUAUGCCUUCUUCUUCCCCCCUAUGCUGGGUGGACUCUCCCCGCCAGGCGCUCUGACCACUCUCCAGCACCAGCUUCCAGUUAGCGGCUAUAGCACGCCAUCCCCAGCCACCAUCGAGACCCAGAGCAGCAGUUCAGAAGAGAUAGUGCCCAGCCCUCCCUCGCCACCCCCUCUCCCCCGCAUCUAUAAGCCUUGCUUUGUCUGUCAAGACAAAUCCUCAGGCUACCACUAUGGGGUCAGCGCCUGUGAGGGCUGCAAGGGCUUCUUCCGCCGCAGCAUCCAGAAGAACAUGGUGUACACGUGUCACCGGGACAAGAGCUGCAUCAUCAACAAGGUGACCCGGAACCGCUGCCAGUACUGCCGGCUGCAGAAGUGCCUCGAAGUGGGCAUGUCCAGGGAGUCCGUGAGGAAUGACCGGAACAAGAAGAAGAAGGAGGCACCCAAGCCCGAGUGCUCAGAGAGCUACACGCUGACGCCGGAGGUGGGGGAGCUCAUCGAGAAGGUGCGCAAAGCGCACCAGGAAACCUUUCCUGCCCUCUGCCAGCUGGGCAAAUACACUACGAACAACAGCUCAGAACAACGUGUCUCUCUGGACAUUGACCUCUGGGACAAGUUCAGUGAACUCUCCACCAAGUGCAUCAUUAAGACUGUGGAGUUCGCCAAGCAACUGCCCGGCUUCACCACCCUCACCAUUGCUGACCAGAUCACCCUCCUCAAGGCUGCCUGCCUGGACAUCCUGGUCUGGCUGCCUGCCAGGUGGUCCUGUGUGGAUGCUGUGCUGAAAGUGCUAGAGGGAUGGGCCGAGUCCCUGAACUUGAGCAUCCUCUGCUCCCAGAUCUUGCGGAUCUGCACGCGGUACACGCCCGAGCAGGACACAAUGACCUUCUCAGACGGGCUGACCCUCAACCGGACCCAGAUGCACAACGCUGGCUUCGGCCCCCUCACGGACCUGGUCUUUGCCUUCGCCAACCAGCUUCUGCCCCUGGAGAUGGAUGAUGCUGAGACCGGGCUGCUCAGCGCCAUCUGCCUCAUCUGUGGAGACCGGCAGGACCUGGAGCAGCCAGACAGGGUGGACAUGCUGCAGGAGCCGCUGCUCGAGGCGCUGAAGGUCUAUGUGCGGAAACGGAGGCCCAGCCGCCCCCACAUGUUCCCCAAGAUGCUGAUGAAGAUCACAGACCUGCGAAGCAUCAGUGCUAAGGGGGCCGAGCGGGUGAUCACGCUGAAGAUGGAGAUCCCGGGCUCCAUGCCACCUCUCAUCCAGGAAAUGCUGGAGAACUCAGAGGGCCUGGACACUCUGAGCGGACAGCCAGGGGGCGGGGGGCGGGAUGGGGGCGGCCUGGUCCCCCCACCCGGCAGCUGUAGCCCCAGCCUCAGCCCCAGCUCAAACAGAAGCAGCCCCGCCACCCACUCCCCGUGACGCCUGCGCCCCGUGGACACAGCCCUCGCCCCAUGCCCUGGCUUCUCUGCCUUUCUACCAACCAUGUGACCCCCGCCAGCCCUGCCCCCCACCCGUCCUCCCUUCUUCGGGGGAUGGGAGGGAGGAGGCGGCGACUCUUGGGACAGAGGCCUGGGCCGUGAUGGACUGCCUGCUCCCGCAGCCUGGGCUGUCAUCAGGGGCAAGGCCAUGAACUGAGCGAGGACCCCUGGUCCUGGGCCUCAGGAUGGGGCUGGGGGCCUCGUGUUCAUCAAGACCCCCCUCUGCCCGCCUCGCCACAUCUUCAUCACCAGCAAAUGCCAGGACCUGGCUCCCCAUCCUCAGAACUCGCAAGCCAUUGCCCCCCGGUUGGGGAACCCCCCUGCCUCGGUUGGUGACAGAGGGGGUGGGCCAGGGGUGGGGGGUUCCCCCUGUACAUACCCUGCCAUACCAACCCCCAGGUAUUAAUUCUCGCUGGUUUUGUUUUUAUUUUAAUUUUUUUUUUGGUUUUGAUUUUUUAAUAAGAAUUUUCAUUUUAAGCACAUUUAUACUGAAGGAAUCUGUGCUGUGUAUUGGGGGGGAAGCUGGAUCCAGAGCUGGAGUGGGGUGGGUCCUGGGGGAGGGGAGCGGCUCAGAAGGGGCUCCUACUCUCUCUCCAUGUCCCUGCACCCCCCUAGCCCUCCUCCCCAGCCUUUUCUCCUCAGUUUUCUCUUUAAAACUGUGAAGUACUGACUUUCUGAGGCCUGCCCUCCUCUUCUCAUUCUGCCUAACCACUGGGUGUGGAAAGUUCGGAGCAGCCCCCAGAGGAGGGGCUCACCACGAGGGACGGGCAGGAGCAGAGCACGGGGCGCUCAGAACAUCCCCGUGUGUGUUUCUCAGCCCCGUGUCCUUGGCAGAGCUGCCUCCCUGUCAGGGCUCAUGUCAUCCGAGCCCUCCAGCCCCCACUGUGAAGGCGCCGGCCCCCCAGCCUCACAGCCACCAGCACCACCCACAGGGUCCCCAGACACACACACACACACACACACACACACACACAACGGACAGAUGAGCCGACAGACACACUUGGCCUGACUUCCUCCAUCUCCCUGGCCUGCCCCCUGCCCCCCACCCCACACCAAUGCCCCCUCCUUGCCCCGCAGGACGGGCCACAGGGGGUCCCCUCCUUUCACCCCCUGCACCCCUGGGCUGGGGGAGCUGGCUCUGCCCUGCCCUCUUGCCCCGGGGUUGAGGUCUCAUCCCCAAGAGCCCGCUGGUGCACCUGUUACUGUUGGACUUUCCACUGAGAUCUACUGGAUAAAGAAUAAAGUUAUAUUUAUUCUA